UAUUACUAUAGGGAUUAUAGGGUGUUGUCAAGUUUAUGUUGAGCAUCCUGUUUCCAAUUCGUUCGAGUCUUCGCCUUGCAGGUUACCUUCUUUUCCCUUGACGGAAGUACACGGCUUAAAGAUGGUGAAGGUAAAGUGUUCGGAGUUGCGAACUAAGGAUAAGAAGGAGCUGCUGAAGCAGCUGGAGCAAUUGAAAACGGAACUGACCACCUUGAGAGUAGCAAAAGUUACAGGAGGUGCAGCAUCCAAAUUGUCAAAAAUCCGUGUUGUAAGGAAGGCCAUUGCGCGUGUAUAUAUCAUAAUGCACCAGAAGCAAAAGGCGAAUCUCCGCUUAUUUUACAAAAACAAGAAGUACAAGCCUCUGGAUUUGAGGCCCAAGAAAACGCGUGCCCUGCGCCACCGUCUUACUCCCUACCAGGCCAGCAGGAAAACACUGAAGGAAAUACGGAAACAUUCGGCAUUUCCGCAAAGAAAAUAUGCCCUUAAAGCUUAGUAUAAACGCUUUUAAUUAAUACAGGAAAUAAAAAUUUUAUAAAAAUUAA